UCACAUUCCUUCAACAAUCAAAAUUUUGGUCUUAAAAAAAACUUUUGUAAAAACUACGCUGUUGAUAGUAGUUUUUGUAUGAUGAUUUAAACGGUCCUCGUAGCUGUUAUGUGAUCUAAAAUCAAGAUUCAGUGCAACAUAGUAUUGUAACGAAACAAAUGUAAUUCGAGAACUAAAUAAACAAAACAUUUUUUUUGCAAAAAGUGCCAACAUCAAUUACACAUAUCUCUAGUGGUAGAGAGGAAAUUUUUCUCUGUCUACAGUAGUGUGUAUAGCUAGCUCUGUAUCAAUUAAAUCAGUGAAGUGUACGCAAAAAAGACGGAUUGUUAUUGAAUAGACUAACACGGUCAAGUGUGAACACAACGCCAAUAUGGUUAAGCUAUUCGCAUUAAGCGUCUUUUACAAGGGACCCAACGAAGCCAAUCUUCUGAAAGCAGCAUAUGAUUUGCAGAGUUUUUCAUUUUUUCAAAGAGGAUCUGUCAAUGAAUUCAUUGGAUUUGCUAGCAAAACAAUAGUCGAACGAACGCAAUUAGCGUCUCGCCAAUCAGUUAAACAGGAUGUGUAUAUGUGUCAUGUGUAUGUUCGUGCUGAUAACUUGGGUGCCGUUUUAAUAGCAGAUCAUGAAUAUCCACAACGAGUAGCUCACACACUAAUCACAAAAGUGCUGGACGAUUUCACCACUAAAGUGCCAGCCGAACUAUGGCCAUCCGGAACGGAAUCGUCGAUAAAUUUCACAACGCUCGCCGCAUAUCUGUCGAAAUAUCAGGAUCCACGCGAGGCGGACGCAUUGACCAAAAUCCAGGAAGAUCUGGACGAGACGAAAAUCAUAUUGAAAAAUACAAUCGAAGCGGUGUUGGAGCGUGGAGAGAAAUUGGACGACCUGGUGGUCAAAUCGGAACAGUUGUCGUAUCAGAGCAAAGCAUUUUACAAAACGGCAAAGAAGACGAAUUCGUGUUGUAGCUUUAGUUAAUUUGAAUAGGGAUGGAUGAUGAUGUAUUUUUACCAGCCGAUUCAAACCAACGUAAACGUAAAAUAUUGAAUUAUAAUCCGUCUGUGUAAAGGUAGAUAAACGGUCGAUUUAUAUGUUUGCGCUUCAGACAAUUUUCUUUCUUUUUUUUCGUCAAAUUAAAUUUUAUUUUAGUUUUACAACAA